CCGCCGCCAUGUUCCGCCGGGCCGCCGCCGCCCGGCGCCUGUAGCCGCCCCCGCCCGCCCCGCCGCGCCCCGCCAGCCGCCGGCGGACGGGCGGAGAAGGCGCCGCAGCGCCCAGCACCGCCGCCGGAGCCCGGCAGCGCCCAGCGAUGUCCGCCAAGGAGGGGAGCAAGGUGCUGCUGCUGACGCCCCACGCCACCAGCGAGCGCGCCGUCAAGGCUGUCCCUUUUCCACCGACGCAUCGCUUAACGUCUGAAGAAGUGUUUGACACAGAUGGAAGACCAAGGGUUGACAUUUUGAAGAACCACUUGAUAAAAGAAGGUCGAGUGGAUGAAGAAAUUGCACUUAGAAUCAUCAAUGAGGGUGCUGCAAUAUUACGGAGGGAAAAAACUAUGAUAGAAGUUGAAGCUCCAAUUACAGUGUGUGGUGAUAUUCAUGGCCAGUUCUUUGAUCUAAUGAAGCUGUUUGAAGUGGGAGGAUCACCUGCUAACACAAGAUACCUCUUCCUCGGUGACUAUGUAGACAGAGGUUAUUUUAGUAUAGAGUGUGUGCUGUACUUAUGGGUCCUGAAAAUUCUCUACCCAAGCACAUUAUUUCUUUUGAGAGGCAACCAUGAAUGCAGACACCUAACAGAGUAUUUUACCUUUAAGCAAGAAUGUAAAAUAAAGUACUCUGAAAGAGUCUAUGAUGCUUGUAUGGAAGCUUUUGAUUGUCUCCCUCUUGCUGCUCUCUUAAAUCAACAGUUUCUUUGUGUUCAUGGUGGACUUUCACCAGAAAUUAAUACACUAGAUGACAUUAGGAGAUUAGAUAGAUUCAAAGAGCCUCCAGCAUUUGGACCAAUGUGUGACUUACUGUGGUCAGAUCCGUCAGAAGAUUUUGGAAAUGAAAACUCACAAGAGCAUUUCAGUCACAAUACAGUCAGAGGAUGCUCAUACUUUUAUAGCUAUCCAGCAGUUUGUGAAUUUUUGCAAAAUAAUAAUUUGUUGUCAAUCAUUAGAGCACAUGAAGCACAAGAUGCAGGUUAUAGAAUGUACAGGAAAAGUCAAACUACAGGGUUCCCAUCAUUAAUAACAAUUUUUUCAGCACCUAAUUAUCUGGAUGUCUACAAUAAUAAAGCUGCUGUAUUAAAAUAUGAAAACAAUGUGAUGAAUAUUCGUCAGUUCAAUUGUUCUCCUCAUCCUUACUGGCUACCAAAUUUUAUGGACGUUUUCACAUGGUCUUUGCCAUUUGUUGGAGAAAAAGUAACAGAAAUGUUGGUGAAUGUUUUGAGCAUUUGCUCUGAUGAUGAACUGAUGACAGAGGGAGAAGAUCAAUUUGACGUAGGUACAGCUGCCGCACGGAAAGAAAUAAUCAGAAACAAAAUUCGCGCAAUCGGCAAGAUGGCGAGAGUCUUCUCUGUUCUCAGGGAGGAGAGUGAAAGUGUGCUGACACUCAAGGGUUUGACUCCCACUGGAAUGUUACCUAGUGGAGUGUUGGCUGGAGGACGACAGACCCUGCAAAGUGAUGCAUUCUAAUUGGAAACUCUUCUCACAGUUUGAGUGCAGAAGAUCAAGUUAAAAAUGGUGGAGUCUGGAGCUGUCUCUAAUUCUUGUAUUGUUUGGGAGAAGAAAUUAUAUCCUUCCUCCCAGAAAACUGUAAGUAGUUUGCAUUGCUCAUUUUAUGCUUUCAGCACUUUAAGGAGGGGAAAAAAAAAGAAGUCGUCUCUAUGUUCUUAGUCUGUUCUUGGGUAGGGAGCAGAGAAGUCUUGGAAGUAGCUUUGACAGCCAAGGGACACAGGUGGCAAAAGCUGUGAGAGGCAUGGCUGGUUGGUGGUUUGAGCUGGAAUGGUCAGUGCCUCCCUGCCCUGCCCUGGGCUCAGUGGGCACCGUGUGGGUCACUUCUUGCCUGACCUGAUGGGUGGCAUCUGUGAUGCUCUUAUCUGUAGGGCAGCGGCAGUGAGGAGUAUUCAGAGGUGGGCUGGGGUCUCUCACUGCUCUGAGGAGUGCAAAUGUGUGUUGGUGACACUGAGCAGAAGUACAGACUGUGCUGGGUCAGAUUUUGGGGGGUUAUUUUCAAGCAGACACUUGUGCUGUUGGGGAACUUGUGCUGGCACUUGCUGAUCCUAACAUGGAAGAGCAGCGUAGUUCACAAUCUACCUGUAUCUAGUUUAAUGGCAAACACAUCCUCACCUCCGAGCACUACAGUGUGAAACAAGAGCUCUCCUUUCAAAGCUUAUUAAACCCAAUUAUGAAAUGGAAAAUUUGCUCCAGUGGUAUCUCUUGAAUUAUGAAAAUUAGCCUCUUGCAAAAAGACAAAUGGUUGGGACUGGGGCUGUUUUUCUCUUAGAAAAAGGUAAGUCUCUUCUGGUGUGACUCUGAACACUUUUGAAAGGAAGUGUCAUAAAGAGCUUGUUUUUUUCUAAUGUUUGAUCUGAAAACACCAUUAUGUUACAUAGAGGCUAUUAUGUUACAUCAUGUUACAAUUAGGGCUAUUUCAGAGGCAGGAUAGACAGUGUCUGUUCAUUCUUUCCUUGCCUAUUUUUUGCUACAAUUGUAUCAUUAACCAGUUCUUGCUACUGAUUGAACAACUCUUUGUUACUAGCAUGUAAUGAAAAUCUUUUUGCCAUAAAACAGGGCACUGUUAUCAGAACAUAGAACCCGCUCAUCUGUUCAUUUUCUUGUGGUAGUCUGUAUAAGCCAGAUUUAUUGAUACUUUGCUUUGAAUGACAACUGAAGUGGUGGGGAUUUUUUCAGUCACAUAAAAAGAUAAAGAUGCACUAAUAUGCUUUAAUUAUUAAAUGUUAAGAUGCUUCACUUGUAAGGAAGUUUGCUCAAGAACGAAGAAACAACAACCAAAGCUUAUGAGAAUCUUAGUGAAGCUUGGAAAGCUAUUGAGAGAUAUCUAUAUUUACAUACAUACACAUGUAUAUCUUACUCAUUGAAUACUUGCACCAAGGAUGAACAAAGUAGUGCAGAAUAGAAUGUCCUUUAGUCUCUCCAAAUCAACUUCUGUCUAUUUCAUAUUUGAAAUAAUUAAUUUUAAGCUGAACAGAAUUUCUCAGUUUAGUAUCAGAAAAAGUCUAAAGUCAGAUUUAGGUUGCAGACCAUUGAUGUAAGUGAAAUACCUAAGCCUUUUUUGUAUGUAUAAUUGAUAAGCUGUUGUUGUUUUGCAAAAACCUCUAUGUACAUGCUGUGCAGAGUGGCGGGUUUGCCGUAUUGGAACCAGCUCCACCAGCCCUAGUGAUUCUUGUCCGGGAAAUACCAGAAAUAGAGUUUUGCUGUUUGUGUGAGGGUGUCCUAUAAUACAAUUGUUAUUUGUGAAAGCAUUGCUUAGAAAUGUUAGGGAACACACUACCAGCUGCUGGACUUGAAGCUUCUGUUAAAUUUAUGGUUAGAGACAGAUUCACUGUAGCUUUCUACAAAAACCCAAAUAUGCUGUUCAAAGUUGUUCUCUUUAAACCCUUUGAAAACAUCCACAUAGUCAUUUAUAUUAUCCAGGUCGCAGCUGCCUUCAGUUUGGAUCUCACAUGGUAGCGUUUAGCUACAGGCUGUUUCACUGCUCAGCCAUUUGCUGUAUAACCCACUCCUUUACAAGGAGAGACUUCAAAAUCAGUUCUAAGAUGAGUUCGCCUUUCCAUUGCUGCCUUAAGCAUAAUGGUAACUAACCACUAAUGUAAGAAAUUUAAUAGGGGAGUACAGACAGAUUUUGCCAAGGUCCCUAAACUGUCAGCAUAUUGUGACUCAAACUGAGCAUUUGCAUGAUUUUCAGCAUUAUGAUAGAAAGACAUUAAAAGGGGAGGAGGGUGUAAAAUGCCUCACAUCACAGCCUCGGGCUUUUUUUGUCAUCCACAGUAAGCUCAGCAGUAAAGUUUAGGUAUUUCAGGGAACUUCUUGAGUGCUGGAGAUUCAUUUGGCUGAGAUAGUUUACUCAUGCAAGAGUCCAGUAGAUGGGAGGCGGUUUUGUCAGGGUCAAAAAGACUAAGGCUUAGGGGCUAAUAGACAAGAUAUAUCUUUUAUUAUACAAUAAAGAAUAUUAUGUGCUGUAAGUUAAGGCAUUGUAAGUGCAACAAGCUUAUUGAAUCAUCAAGAAGGCAUACUUGAUUAUGCAAAGUUUAAAAUUAUUCAUUUACAAGAAUAGUUAGUGUCUACAUAAAGCAUGUUUCAUGUCCUUCAGUUUGUUUCAAAAAAAAAAAAACAACCCACCAAAAAACCAGAUAAUCCUCUUCUACUGCCCAACAAUUGCCAGCAGCAACCGCCGGUAAUCGCCACUUGUAUCACUUGCUAUCAUUGUAGCCAAAGUCUUCUGAUACAUCUGUGUGAACAUCUGUUUAAUUUGCACAAGGUCAAUCUAUGCAAAGACAAGAAAAAAAAGAGAAAGCUCAACCACAGUGUAUGAUUUAAAUGCUAGACAGUCACCCUGCAUCUCAUCCCUUGUGGACUAGAGAACACAUGCCAAGGGUGAGAUGUGCAACUGAUUAGGCCCGUGCAGUGUACAAGCCAGCUGGUCCCUCCCAGGACAGAGGAGCAGCUCCCAAAGCAGAGUCCAGCAGUUGUUCCAUGCUUUGUUAACAUUGUGCUGUCUUAACUGAACAGCUGAACCUCUGACCUGGAGGUGCUUGCUUGCUACAUGGACAAGCAACCACAGCUGAGAAGGAAAACAAGAAGUUAGUACUAUCUAGGCAGAGUUAAUUAAAUGACUACAUGAAAGCUGGCUUUAAAACUAAUUACCAGAUUCAUCUAAAUGUGAGCCUCGUAAAAGCUUUAUUGCAGUACAUGAUUUCACAGCUGUGAAAGGAGGACUAAGUGACAAGCUGUUUUGGGUAGGUGGCUUUCUGCUGCAGGUGACUUGUACGCAGGAGAAAGUUUCUUACCUCGCUGCGAGUGACCACAAUUCUGAUGAGGGUAGAAUCAUCUGUGCCAGCUCCUCUCAUAGAAUGAUAAAGUCUUUCUGCAAAAAAGGCUGGGCGAUUUAAAGCACAUUGCACUGCAACAAAGUAUAUUUUUAGGAUUAGUUCCAGUAUUGUAUCCUGUGUAGUGAUACCUGGCAGGAUCAACUGGGGAUUUUUGCUGUAGACAUCUAGAAGUAGGUCUGGGUGAAGAGCCAGUCACUGUAGAUUUCAGGACCUGUUUAUAGGGCUAAGCUUAUUUUCAAAUUACCGAAUGAGUUAUUCCUUCACACAAAAACUUAGAGUUACUUAGUAGUUAACUUCUCAAGAAGUGUUUUCAAAGCUGUCUGAAAUGUUAAUUCUCAAAUAGGUAAUUCAAAAACAGUUCUUCUCCUUGGAUAGCUGGUACUGGGACAUAAGGCAUUUUACUUGUGUUCCACUGCUAGAAUCCACUAAGAAAAGUACAACUGUAGAAGGUUCUCACUCUAGUAGUUACAGAAUGGAUCUUGUUUCAGUUAGAUUAUUCACACUCAUUAUUCUUUCUCAAGCCUGAACUUUUCCCAUUAAACUCUUGAGUAGAAUAUUCUCUGAGAAGUUUUUCCUUAUCCAUUACAGCUACAGGAAUGCUGUCGUUUUGGCAAGCACUGAUAGGACUGGUGUCUUCAAAUUUACCACUAAAUAAUACUGAUUCUCACUGUCAGUUAAUUGUGAUGAAUUGUGUUAAACUGCUUUACUAUAACAAGUCAGCACCAAAAAGUGAAUUCAAAACAGGUCUUCUAUUUUGCUGAGGUUUUCCUUAGCAAUAGCUGAGCUUUUUAGGGGUAGAUGGUGGUAGGGAAGAGGAGUAGAAAGGGAACUGUGUCUUAUGUAGGUUCAUGCUGGUUCUGAGGUCGUCUUCAUGGGUGGCUCAGCUGUCUCUGCUGAGGUGCCCACACCCAGACUCACAGCUCUGUUACACUGGGAAUCACUCAUUCUGCAGAACUCUGAAAUACACAGCUACAAGGACUAACCAGUGACCCCUGGGUCCGGGCAGUUACCUGCCCUCCCAGAGAAGUAACAAGUACUUUCUAUAUGGCCUUUGCUUAUUUCAAACUGACUUGUUUAAUUAAGUGUAAAAUGAAUAAUUUGACUAAUUGAAGUUACUUUUGUGAUAGCAGAGUCUCAGGUUGUGUGAUCGUUUGCCAUAAUGGCAAGUGUUGAAUUGGAUUCUUCUUUGGUUACAUUUAGAAGGUUUAAUUCUUAAAGGAUAAGGGAAGGGAAGAACAUAUCACUUACCAAUGGUUUUCAAACCACGUUCCACAUUCCCAGAAAACUCUCGGUCAAUGCUGCUUAAUAAAUCACGAUUAGCAAUCUACAAAUAAAUGAGAUUAAUAUGUGAAUGAUGAAAUGCAGUAACAACUGGAACUUUAAUUUAAAAUACAUUGACCAAGCUUAUUUGAAAUCAGUGAAGAACUCCUACCCUGGAGUAUGCCUCAACUGUUGCUUUCAGCUGGGGAAAACUUCUGCUUGCCAGAACCAUGUUAAAGCAAGAUUCAUCAGUCCCAAGUUUUCCUUCACCUGCUUGGUACAGACGCUGAGCAUCUUCUUGAGCUUUUUGAUAAUCCACAGUUUGAUUCUCAUCCCGAUUACCCUUAAAGCAAGGACAACAGAUUUCAAAUGAAAUUUCGCAGAGAAGGCUAUGCUUUAACUGUGUAGACCCCAAGCAUGUAUCUUGCAAGCCUGAAGCAGAAAGAGAAAUAGCAGUUUCUUUAAAACUUCUCUUUGGUUUAAUACUCCUUAUAGGAAACAAAUAUAAAAGUGGCUCAGAACCCUAUGUGUAGGGCAUGCUUUAAACUCUAGAUAUACUGACUCAGAUAACAUCACCUCUACAAACCAUCUCACAGUUCUAAUUAAAUACUGUACUUAAUUCUCUAUUUUAUUUAAUAAUGUAAGCUUUCUCUUGAUUUGUUUGUUUCUAGGCUUCAAGUUGCAAAGACUCUUCCCAAACAAACUAAUGAAUUAUCUUACUGAAUAUGCACACCUGAAAUAUCUCAGGUCUCCUACUUUAUUUAGAAGUUGCUUAUUCCAAGUAAGAAUGUCUCCAGAAAGUACUUACUGCAGUUAUGUCAGUAGGGCUUACAUGACAUUUUACAUGCUUUGGUGCUUGUUUUGGUUUUUUGCUGCCCGGUGCAUGGAUGAGUACUGCUAAAUAUACUGGCUGAGUAGGCUUGAACACAUGCUCUCAAAUACUGUUGUAUCUAUAGUGGUUAAUAUACUAUUUAAAUUAUGUGGUUGUUGGUUACUGUAAAAUGCUGGAUUUAUCAAAAUAAAAUUAGCAGCAUGAGCUUCUCCA